AUGUUUACAACAAGAUUGGCCUAUAGAUUUGCCAAAUCAGUUCCCGUCGUGGAUGUCACUUCAUUUCUGGCCAAAAAAGGUGACUCAUCGGCUCAGUGCGCCCAAGUAGCUGAGGCUCUGCAUAACUACGGUGCUGUAUGCAUCAAGGAUCCCAGAGUAAACGAUCGUCAUAAUGUUGACUUCCUCGACAUGAUGGAGAAGUAUUUUGCGAGUAGAGCUGCCAAAUUCUAUAAUGACGAGAAGGUACUCUCCCUAUCUAGACUCUAGGUCGAAGAUAUCUUUCCAAAUUAUUCCUAUCAAGUGGGGGCCACUCCAGAGUUCGUAGAGAAAGCCCGUACACACUCGAAUGUGAUUAGACAAAAACACCAAGGAAAAUGAAGCAUACACUCCUCAGCCAGCUCCUUAUGUAAGUGAAUCAACUAUUUUAUUUUAGGAUGCCAAAUGGAGGUUCUUUUGGCCCAUUGAUGAUACAGGCAGACGAACCAAAGACGAAGAGUAACUAAUAACUCUUAGUAUUUUAGUUUUAAACCGCCAAGAUUCAGACCGAAGGAUGUUCCUCAGUUUGGAGAGAGAAUGGAAUAGUGGGGGAAAAUGAUGAUUAAUGGAUGUUUGACUGUUGCUGAAAUGGCUGCCAUUGGCAUGAGUAUACCAGCUGAUACAUUUACUACCAGGAUGCAGGGAGGUCCUCAUCUUCUGGCUCCAACUGGAUCAGAUAUGGAGAGACACAAACUCGGCACUGUCUUCGCAGGUUUUCAUUAUGAUCUCAAUUUCUUGACUAUUCAUGGCAAGAGUCGUUAUCCUGGACUGUAUGUGUGGUUGAGGAAUGGGGAGAGAAUUUCCGUUGCUGUUCCUGAGGGACAUCUCUUGUUGUAAGCGGGAGCUCAAUUUGAUUUACUGACUGGAGGCUAUGUCACGUGUGGUUAUCAUGAAGUACUCUCUCUGUUUCGAUUGUGAUAGGUCAUCUACACGGAGGAUGCUAAGAAGAGAUUCGAGGAGAAUAAGAAGGCAGGAAAGAGUACUUGGAGAGUGUCCUCAACUUUGUUCUCUCACAUUAACUCUGAGGUCACUCUCCAACCGUUGGGCAAGUUUGCUAAGUAGGGAUUGCCUGAGAAGUACAAACCCAUCAAGGCUUUUGAUCAAGUCUAACAAGAGUUGGAGGCCAUCAAAUUAAAGUGA